AUGCCCUAUGUGUGCGAGCUCUGUGGGAAGGGCUUCCGCUACCCCACGUACCUGCAGGCUCACAGCGGGAUCCAUGUUGACCUCAAGAAGGCCUUUAACUGCCCUGAAUGCCCACAGAGAUUCCAGUAUCCCGGUAUGCUUGGUGCCCAUGCUAAAGUGCACUCUGGGGUCCCGCCUUUCGCCUGCGAGCAGUGUGGGAAACGCUUCAGGACUCACUCGAAUCUGCGAAACCACCGCCGGACCCACACCGGGGAGAGGCUGUAUGAAUGUGAGCAGUGUGGGAAAAGCCUCAGUACUCGCUUAACUCUGCGUCAGCACAACCUGAUCCACACCGGGGAGAGGCCGUCUCUCUCCAAUCUGCAGCAGCACAGCCUGAUUCACACUGGAGAGAAGCCAUAUGACUGCGAGCAGUGUGGGAAAAGCUUCAGGACUCGCUUAACUCUGCGCCAGCACAACCUGACCCACACCGGGGAGAGGCCUUAUGACUGCGAGGACUGUGGGAAAAGCUUCGGGACUAGCUCGAACCUGCGUAGGCACAGCCGAACCCACACUGAGGAUAGGCCAUAUAACUGCGAGCAGUGUGGGAAAAGCUUCAGUACUCGUUGGGUCCUACAUGAGCACAGCCGGAUCCACACUGGGGAGAGGCCAUAUGACUGUGAGCAGUGUGGGAAAAGCUUCAGGACUCGCUUAACUCUGCGUAAGCACAACCUGAUCCACACCGGGGAGAGGCCGUAUGACUGCAAGCAGUGUGGGAAAAGCUUCAGGGAUCGGUCCAGUCUGCAUCAGCACAGCCUGAUUCACACUGGAGAGAAGCCAUAUGACUGCGAGCAGUGUGGGAAAAGCUUCAGUACUCGUUGGGUCCUACAUGAGCACAGCCGGAUCCACACUGGGGAGAGGCCAUAUGACUGUGAGCAGUGUGGGAAAAGCUUCAGGACUCGCUUAGCUCUGCGUAAGCACAACCUGAUCCACACCGGGGAGAGGCCGUAUGACUGCAAGCAGUGUGGGAAAAGCUUCAGGGAUCGGUCCAGUCUGCAUCGGCACAGCCUGAUUCACACUGGAGAGAAGCCAUAUGACUGCGAGCAGUGUGGGAAAAGCUUCAGGACUCGCUUAACUCUGCGCCAGCACAACCGGAUCCACACCGGGGAGAGGCCGUAUGUCUGCGAGCAGUGUGGGAAAAGCUUCAGGACUCGCUUAACUCUGCGCCAGCACAACCGGAUCCACACCAGGGAGAGGCCGUAUGUCUGCGACCGGUGUGGGAAAAGCUUCAGUUCUCAAUCGAACCUGCGUACGCACAGCCGUACACACACUGAGGAGAGGCCGUAUGAUUGCGAGCAAUGUGGGAGAAGCUUCAGGACUCCCUCAAACCUGCGUAGGCACAGCUUGACCCAUAGUAACUAG